CGCACACCGGCCGGGGGUCAGCAAGGCCAGCUUCUCCAUAACGUCAGGGCACAGCACAGCCUGCCCACGGCUACUUACCUCAUCUCUCCCUCCCCCUCCAGUCUUCCUCGUCCCAUCUCUUUUGCACCACCGUUGCUGCUCUCCACGCGAGGCUGACGACGACCCCUCCCCCCCAGCUGCCGCCCACUGUUGCUGCCCACCACCAUGUCUCGCCGCUACCCAACCGCCGAGCUGUAUGAGGAGCGCGAGCGUGACUUCUACCGCGGUAAUGGCAACCGCAGCGAGCGCAACUACGAGGAGCUCGACAUUGAGCUCCGUCGCAGCGGCGAGCCGCGCCGCAGUGUGCCCGACUUCCUGCGCGAGGACUACAACCGCCCCACUGCCGGCCCCAUGGUGUUGCGCCCUCGCGAGGACGAUCACGUGUCGAGGGGACCCCGCAGCACCCGCGGCUUCGACGACGACGCGGGCAGCGUCUCGGUGCGCAGCAGUCGCCCGCCGCCGCCCCCCGCUAGCGUGAGGGGCUUCGACCGUGACGACGUCAGCGUGCGCCGCAGUGCCCGUCCGCGCGAAGAGGAGACGGACAUUACCAUCCGCCGCCGUGAGCAGUCGCGCCCCCGCCAGCCAGAGUUCCGCGAGCCCGACUUUGAGCGCAACGAGAUCCCCUUCCGCCGCGGUGACGGCGCCCCCCCGCGGCCCCGCGAGGUCGAGAUUGAAAAGGAAGACAUCCGCUUCCGCACCCGCGGCGACAGCGUCGACAUUCGCGCCACCCACAAGGAAGUCGGCCGCGAAGGCAGAGGCGUCUCGGCCGAACGGGGCUCCAUCCGCUUCCAGGAGCGCGACGGCAACUUUGACUUCCGUACCUCCCGCCGCGAGCAGAGCCGUGGCCGUGACCGCAGCACCGAACGCGAGACCAUCACCAUCCGUGGGCGCGAGAAGAGCCUGCCGCCGCCCCGUUCUCGCGGAGAGCUGGUCGCUCGCGAACGUGAGGAGUUUGUCAUCCGCCGCCGCGAGGCCUCGCCGCCAUCGCCGCCGCCGCCAAGACCCCGCGAGAUCAUCAGGGACGAGAUCAUUAUUAGGCGUAAGGAAGAGCGCUCUCCCUCGCCCGCGCCAUCUCCCCCACCGCCGCCUCCAGCGCCUGCCCCAGAGCCAGAGAUCAGGCCACCCAUCAUCCAGGAGAUCAUCACCCAUCACCGCCACAUUGAUCAUGGCGUUGAGAGGGCUCGCUCGCCCACCCCUCCCCCGCCCCCUCCUCCUCCAGCCCCACGCAACGAGAGCAUCGAGAUCGAAAUCAACCGACGAGAAACCCGCAAUGGCAGGUCAGAUUUCGAGGAGCUGGACAUCAAUAUCAACCGUGACAGCCGUCAUGACCGAGGUGAGCUUGAGAUCCGGGCCCGCGAGCGUUCCUUCAGCCCUCCCAGGCGGAGUCACACUGCUCCAAUCGGGGAUGACUUCGACUUGGAGGCAGAGUACUACAACCGCAAGGCAAUGGAGCGAUCCUACAUGGGCGAGGCUUGGAACGGUGCGACCAAAGACUGGGCGAUAGUCGAUGUUCCUCCGGGUACCAACCGCAUCCGUAUGGAUGGUGCGGGUGGCGGUGCUCAAGAGGUCACCUGGCAGCGAUACAACGGUGUUCGCCGCUCCAAGUUCAUCAGCGCUGACGAUGAACGUGUCACAGACUUCGGGCCUGUGAAGCCAAAGAAAAAGGACAUGUGGACCGAGAUUACCAAGGAUUUGGUGCUCAAGGACGCCAUCGAGUCCAUGGGCUACAAGUGCGAGGAGACAGAUGAUUUCUUCUACGUCAUGGAGUACCUCCGAUAUGUAAGUUUCCCACAUCCAUCACCGCCUGCUACAGAACCCUGACUCGCUUUUAGGAGGACGUUCUACACCUUGUGGAGAUCUCUGACGAGAUUCGCCGCAAGAGGAAGUCCCGCAUACGCGAGAUUGAGUUUGAGCGCGAGGAGAUCCGGGA